AUGUUCCUGGUGCGCGCACCCACACAAGUGCCCUCACCCGCGCAGCACCAACAGCUGCAGAUCCUCUUUCGCCAUCCUGGCUACAACGAUAGUAGCAACGUGCUCUUCAGGCUGCAGGCCACCGACAGAGAGAAUGACGGGCAGCCGGGGCUCUUUGCUCAGCUUGCCCUUGAUGCUUGUACCAUAGUGGCAGGGGAUCGCGGUCGCCAGGGCUGGCUGUCGCUGUCACGCGACGGCAAAGUGCCCAUAGAGCCCUCCAGCACGUUGCGCACCCGCAACUACUACUUUCACCUUGCGACCGCCGACGACGAGCCGUACCCCAUCGUUCCGAACUUCGGGCAGUGGGUCUACCCGCACGACUGCCUUCCCACGCACUGGCAACAACUCGCACCCAACGUCAACGCUGCACCGCCGACCGUCGCCCUUGCGCCCUCGAACCUGACCACCGCCCUGCUUAUGCGCGAUGGCUCGUGCCGCCUCAGCGGCUGCUGCGAACAGCAGCAGGUCGCGCACGUCGUACCCCAGUCUGAGCUCAGCUGGUGGCGAGCCAACGGCAUGUCGCGCUACAACACGGGCUUGACCGCUGGGCUCGACGACAUGGCUAACGCCCUCCUCCUGCGCGCCGACCUGCACAUUGCUUUUGACACGCCCCGUCUUGCAUUCGUGCCUAAGCCCGCCACUGACGGCAGCAUGCGCCUUGUCGCGCACGUGCUUGGAUCCUCGCCUGAGCUUGAGCUUCUCUACCACAACCGCGAGCUGCACCCUACUGCUGUUAGUGUUGACAUGCUGUACGCGCGCUUCGCAUGGUCCAUCUUCCCCCUGCUCUGUGCCUUCCUGGAGAGCGACACUGACCGUCGCCUGACCUUGCGUGCUUCUGACGCGCCUCUAGCUGACGCCUGGGGCUUCGUCGCUGCCGCUGAUUGCGAGCGUUUCUCUAUUGUUGCGAACGCGAGGCGGUCGCAAAGCCCGAAGAAGCGUAAACCAAACUGCGACGCUACACCUGAGGCUGGGGAUACUGCAGAGCUUCGCCCUGGGACCAGCCGAUCGCGCGGGUGCACUACAGAAGCAGACAACAUCCUAUCAGACGUAAGUUCGGCGAAGCGCCCUUGCCAAGAUCCACCCCUUUCCGCUCCUCCUUCCGAGCACACAUCGCCAUCCUUAGCCUCGCUGCUGACACCUAUAUCCCCGUCCAUCGACACGUCUCUCUUGCCGCAAGGCCCCCAGGCAAUGCCUACACCACCAUGUCCACAGCUAGCACAAGCUUGGCUUGAAGUCGAACGCCAGCGUUCUGACGCUGACGGCAAAUGGAAUAAAGAGCAAGACUGGCUUCGACACGUCUGGGCCGGCCAAACCAUGCGGGCCGACGAGGUGAAACGCUGGUUCGAAGGCAUUGGUUACGAGGUCAGAGAGGUUUAA